AUGUUGGGUUCCAUGAGUGCUGAGCCUGAGUUGUUCCAAGAAUUAAGAAGCAAGCAAAAGGGUGAUCCGAAGCUGAAGAAGAUCCGUGAAGCAAAGAUGCAAGGUCGUGCAGAGAAUUUUGAGAUGUGUACUGAUGAUAGCUUGAGGUUAAUGGGGUGUUGGCGUGCGCCCAAUGAUGAUGAGCUUAAGAGAAGGAUUAUCAAGGAAGCUUAUAGUACUCCUUAUUCCGUUAAUCCUGGUGGUGACAAGCUUUAUAAGGAUCUGAAGAGGUCUGGUGGUUUGUUGCAACCUUUACCCGCUACUGCUUGGAAGUUCCACUCGAUCUCGAUGGAUUUUGUGAUGGGUUUUCCUAGAGCUGCUGGUGGGAAGAAUGUUGUGUGGGUAAUUGUGGAUCGUCGGUUGACCAAAGUUGCUCGUUUUAUUGUGAUGAAGAACACUUGGUCUAUGAAAGGGUUAGUUGAAGGUUAUGCUAAUGAGAUCAUUCGUCUUCAUGGGGUUCCCAAAGACAUUAUCUCUGACCGUGAUCUGCGAUUUUUAUCCCAUUUCUGGACCACUUUGCAAGAGGCUUUUGGUUCGAAGUUGAAGCUUAGUACUACAUUUCAUGCAACUACCAAUGGUCGGAUUGAGAGAACUAUUCAUACCUUGGAAGAUAUGCUUCGUGCUUGUCUCUAUAAAAGGAAGUGUCGUAGUCCUACUUGUUGGAGCUCCUUCCGUAGGUAUCGUAAUGUUCCUUCGCAUGUGAUUUCUGUUGAGUCGGUAUCAGUCAAGCCGAAUUUGACUUUUGAAGAGCGACCUGUUCACAUAUUAGACCGUCAGAACCUUGCUCUCAGAAGGAAGAGAAGACAUGAACAGGCUGGGUAA